UCUGUUAAAAUGUUUACUCUCGAUUGGACAAAUUUACGCCUCUUGGCAAUUGGAUUUUUCCUAUUAAGCUGCAUACUAUAUUGUGAUGCCUGUGGAACUCCAUUUAACUGUGUUGCCGAGACAAUUUGUUUAAAAGAGGCUCCUGAAAGGGAUUGGUUAUUUAAUUCAGCUCCUUGCAAAGUGGGUGAAAGCUGUUGUGAAAUCUUUGCCUUGCCAGCACAUCCCAAAACUGAGGAGCAUUCACAACCCGGUGAAUAUCCCUGGACAGUUGCGCUAUUUAGCAAUGGCAAAUACUUUGGAGGCGGAUCCCUAAUUUCCCCUGGAGUUGUACUAACAGUGGCUCACCUCCUGAGGUCGAUUUCAGCGGCUGAUGUUCUGGUCAAAGCUGGUGAAUGGGAUUUGGCCUCCAAUUCGGAACGUUUUUCGGCUGAGCAGCGUGGUGUGGCCCAAAUUGUGCAACAUGAAGAUUUUGUGUUGACGACUGGUGCUAAUAACAUAGCCCUUUUAUACCUAAAAUCACCGUUCGAGUUAAAGGAGCACAUCCAGACCAUCUGUUUGCCACCGCAGGGAAAAUUCUUCGAGCAAAAACGUUGCUUUGUGGCCGGAUGGGGAAAGCAAACAAUUGAGGACACCCAGUAUUCGCAUGUCCAAAAGAAAAUCGAUUUACCCAUGGUGGACAGAGCAGAGUGCCAGGAUCAGUUGAGAAAAGUCGACCCGGGACCCAACUUUGUGCUGGCCCCCAGUCUGAUUUGUGCCGGCGGAGAGAAGGACAGGGAUGCCUGUACUGGCGACGGAGGAUCCGCCUUGUUUUGCUCACUGGGCGACUUCGCAGAUCGCUACGAGCAGGCCGGCAUCGUCAGCUGGGGCGUCGGGUGUGGCAUUGAGAAUGUUCCGGCAACCUUCACAAAUGUGGCUCUUUUCAGAGAUUGGAUUGACCGAAGUCUGGCCAGGAACGAUGUGGAACGGCUAAUGAACUGCGAUAAUGUCGGUGUAAGAAUAGGCUAAUUAAAUAAAUAAAUUAAGGCCAAUGCAUAUUUGAGGACAUAUAAUUGACCAUUUCUUCUAAUAAACCAAUUUUAUUUUGUGCUUUUA